GCACAGCAGCAAGUCGGCGGUACUGUACACGGGCCGACUCUUAUCGCCCGGAGCCGGUCUCGUCUCAGAGAGAGCCAGCCUCCGGUGGAGGAAAAGCUCAAGAAGUCCACCACCACUUCGCGAAACCCCAAUUCCAACCCGACUUCUCCACUCCACGAAGAGAGCCAGCUCCGCCGCCUUCACCAUGGCGUCCGUCUGGUGCCUCUCGGCCUCGGCCUCCGCCGCUGCGCCGGUGGCGGCGGCGGCGGCGGCGCCCGGGCCCCUCGGGGCCUCGGUGGCCUCCGUCUCCCUCGCGCGGGCGGCGGUCCCCUCGAGGAGGCGGCGAAGAUGGGACGCGCUCGUGGUGUGCGCGGCCCCCGACGAGGAGAAGAUUACGCGGCGGUCGCCCCUCGAUUUUCCCAUCGAAUGGGAGAAACCAAAGCCUGGGAGGAGGCCUGAUAUCUUCCCAAAAUUCAGCCCUAUGAAAACACCAUUGCCCCAUCCAUUGCCAGCUGAUGAUCCUCUGGAUGAUGAUGAGGAGGAGGAAGAGGAAGAACCACAACCUCAGGAGGAACCACAGGAGGAUGAUCCUGACAAGGAAGAACCUGAGGAGGAUGACCCGGACAAGCCAACGGAGUAAUUUUGGAUGAUGUGGGUUAUGUUAGAUAAAAACACUAUGUUUAGAUCUGCCAUAUCCUUGAGAGAACGUCAUAGGUCUCAGGGUCAGGUUUGACCUGUUAGUUCUGCCGGCUCAUAUAGGCUGUAGACACGUUUGUUUUGGGAGCACCCCUGAGCUUUUCUAAAGCCAUGGAAGUUUUGUCUGACUGAUCACAAAUAUGCAAUGUUAUAUUUCUGCAGAAAUACUUCUCUCUCUGCCCGUUGAAUAUUCAUACCGCCA